CCGCCCUCAUUGUACGUGUCGCUCCCCUACACACGUCCCUCCGUCUGCUGUCUAUCCAUGCGUCGCCCCUAUCGCUCUCCAUCCAUCCCUCUCUGCGAUGGGUGAGUGUGUCUAGCUGGGUGGGCAGCUAGCUAGCUGGCUACACGCCGUUGGUGAGGCCCUUGUUGAGCUUCUGGUACAUCAGGUACCAAUGAACCGUCUGACGGAUGCCCUGAUGGACCAGUGGAUUGAUGGGAGGGGCACAGGUAUGCGUCUGGCGGCUGUUGCUGUUAGUGUCUGUGCGUCUAUAUCGAAACUUACGUCGUCGAGUGAGACCUUCGGGUGGAAGUUCAGGAUUGCCUGGGCGCGCUUCUGGUCGGCACUGAUACACACGAAGAUGGAGAGACAUACAUGGAGAUAUGAAUGUACCUCUGUCUGCAUGUGUGUGUAAGCAGCCAGCUGGUCCACCUGGUGAGCGGCACAUCGCCGGGUUGGUCAGGCAUUUGGUUGAUGAGUGCCUUCUUGCCGCAGUGCUUCUCGAUCGUCGAUAUCAACUCGUUCAACGUGUGCGUCGCACCACCACCUACACACACACUGAUCCAUGUAAGCAGCCAUGCCAAAUGAUAAGUGUUUGCAUGUUUGCGUACCGAGGUUGACGAUUUCGUAUGGUCUUGGGUUGUCGAUGGCUGCGAUGACGCCAUCCACUAUGUCAGAUAUGUAAGUGAACUCCCUGUUGAGCAACCGAUUGGUGGGAGGGGCCAUUGCAAGGGCCGCACGAGUGUGUGGGGUGUGUGUGUGUGUGAGUACCUGAUGGCAGAUCCGUCUCCAUAUUUGUCGAUGGCUCUGUCGUGGUAGAUGCGAUCGAUGAACUUGUACGCAGCCAUGUCAGGCCGACCUCUGAAACACACACAUCCAUCACUCGUACUCGUGCACACAGGUCAAUGUCUCUCUGUGUGUGUGUGUGUGUGUCGAUCUGUGUGUGUGUGUCGGUGUUUGACCUGGGUCCGUAUACGGUGAAGAAUCUGAGGCAGGUGACAUUCUGGUUGUACAGGUGGUGGUACGUGUGCGCAAACAACUCGCAGCUCCGCUUCGUCGCAGCGUAAGGGCUGAUCUGCACACACGCACACACACACACACACGCAAAAACACCGACGACGGCAAACAUGCAAUGCCGCAUCUGUGUGUCCUUUUCUGCCCGCUUGGCUGCAUACGGGUUUGUUGCAGAGUUGGUCUUCGCUGAAUGGGGGUGUGGAGCUCUUGCCGUAGACGCUCGACGACGAGGCCAUGACGAAGUUGGGCACGUUGUGCUUCCUGGACAACUCCAACAGGUGAACGGUCGCCAAGAUGUUCGUCUGCACAUUCGCUGAACAACACACACAUGCAAGCAGGCGCCGUGCGUGUGGCGAUAACCGAUCCAUGUGUCCAUCCAUCUCUCUCUCUGUCGGUUUUGAUGACGGCCUACAGAUGGCGUGUUGGAUGGAGUGUCUGACGCCAGCCUGAGCCGCCAGGUGACAGAUGACGUCGAACUUGUGCUCCUCGAACACCUGACACACACCCACGGGCACAUGGCCAUGCAGAUACUCACACGCGCCCGCCCGUCCCGUUGUCGCGCCACUCACCUUAGUGACCGCGUCGAGGUCCCUGAGGUCGAUGAGGUAUUCGGUGAGUUUGCCGGUGGGGACGCUCCUGAGUAUGUCGAGGGUGUGCUCCUUCAGGCGCUGGUCGUAGUAGUCAUUCACAUUGUCCAGCAGCACCACCUGCACACACCACACCGCACACACAACAGACGCAUCCACAACACAUCCAUCCAGCGAGAUCUCGCGCAGACAAAGGUGACUCUGUCCGUCUGUCUGUCUUAUGCCGUGCCGUGUGUGUGUUUGGCUUUGUAUGUCUUGUCUGACCUCGUCUCCCCUCUUGAGCAGCACUUCGCAUGUGUGGCCGCCCACGAAGCCGGCGCCGCCCGUCAACAGCACCUUCAUGCCGACGCACAACCACAGAUGCCGCUGGUGGUGCAGCAACAGCAGCAGCAGCAGCAACAAGCACACCCACCAAGACCUCUGUAUACCGGGGAAGGGGAAAGGAGGAGCGGCGCGGAUCUUCC